CUGGCCUCCUCAUUUUGCUGUGCUUACCUGUAUUCUAGUGAGCUCUUCCCAACUGUAAUCAGACAGAGUGGAAUGGGGAUUGUUGCGGUGAAAGCCCGCAUGGGCUCCAUGGUUGCUCCAUUGGUUUUGAUGUUAUCAGAGAUUUCUCCUAUCUUUCCUUCAGCAACAUAUGGAGUGGCAGCAAUAAUAUCCGGGAUUGUAGCUGUGUUUUUGAAUGAAACUUGUAAUCUGCAGUUGCCAGAUACAAUAGAAGAGGUUGAAGCCAGAUCUAAAGGUAAAGAUAUACACAGGAUCAUCCCAAAAGAGGAAGUCCCCCUUACAGAGAGUCAACCUCAAGCUCAUCCUUCAAAAAGACUCUUAGUGGAAACGGUGUAA